CAUGCAUUCCUCGUUUUCAUCCGAUUUACCACCCAUAAAUAGCUCGCAUUCCAGUUGGCCAUGUUUCAAUUUGUCAUUAUUCGCCAGCAUGCAAGUGAAAUUUCAAUGGCCAUCGUUUCCGAUUGCUGCCACAUCCUUGCCCACCUAUCGUCAAAAUGGCGACAACCUGUCUAUCACCACUGCCCCACCUGCGGAUGGACUGCCUCUGGGCUACCAGAACGCUGGAACUAUAGAGCUACAGGCCCAGGAGAACGACUACGUACUUGAGGAGUCCGCCCUACGAGUGCCACUCUCGCCGCCGCCCAACUACUCUCCCCAUCCUCUGACCCCACCGCCCAGUUACACGGAGAGACCAAGAUCAGUCCAGGAACACAGAUCCCACUUGGCUGAUGCAGUGCAUCCAGCUGCCGCAGCACGUAUUGUGGUAGUUCCGCCACCGGUAGCAACCGCAGCAGCCAGCGAACUAGCAGCACGCCAACAAGCCAGAAGGAGACGGCGACUCCGGGAGCUCCAGCAGCAGCAGCUGCGAUUCGCCUCCAGCACAGAUAGCUCCAGUAGCUCCGGAUCCAGUUGCUCGGAGUUGGGUAGCUGCAGUGCCACCAGAAGGCAGCGUCGACGCAGGCGGGGAUUAAGGGAUGCCUAUUGUCCGGAUCUGCUGAACGCCUGCUCCCUGAUCCUCCAGCAGCCCGGCAGCAGCGACAGUUCCGUGGGCAACUUCACGGCCACGCCCCCGCCCCCGGUGCGAGCACCUGGUCACCAGGAUCAGGAGGAGAGCUUCGAGUACAGCUCCGACUAUGUGGAGAUCGACGAGCUGCUGCCACUAGUCGCCGGCGGCAGAGCGAAGAGCACUCCGCAGCUGGCGAUGGGUCAGAACCUGAGCCUGCGACGGCCGCGCAUCUCAUUGACCUGGGUGCUCCGAGAGCAGCAGCAGACGCAGCAGGCUCCACCAUCGCAAACGCCCCCUUCCCCGCAAAAGGAGGCGCCAAAGGAGUCGGACAACCAGGUGUUGGAUCGCAAGGAGAAUGAGGUCUUCCCGCCCAGAACAGAGCCCGUGCCCACUCAGCUGGAUGUCACCAAGAAGCGGUACCGGGUUAAGCAGCUACCAAGUGGUGGUGAGCCGCUCAAUGGCUAUGCCACCACGCCCACCGCCCACCAGGCCCCGCCCAACGGCCACCUGGCCAACCAGAAGUUUUUCAGCAACCAGAACCUGCUGGACGUGUCACGGAGCGGUCCCAGCAGUGCUCCAGUGGCCGCCGCCUCCACCAAAGAGCUGCUCUUCGUGUGCACACCCCAGCGGGGGCCCAGGAGCGAUGGCCACAGCGAAGCACUGCUCCUGGCCAGAAAGCGAAACGAGAUCCGCAAGAAGCUGGCCUCUCGCCUGCAGCAGGCGAGAUCCAGUGCCUCCCAGACGGGAGAGGCCAGGGGCUCGGUCACGGGAGCGGAGUCUGUGAAGUGCACCUCCUACUCGGAGCCCAGUUUGGUGGCUGCCUCAGAGGGCGGCGGAGUGGGUGGCUCGAGCGGAGGAGCUGCUGCCCCCCAGCAGCAGCGGCGACAUAGGCAUCGCAAGCGACGGGAUCGCAAUCGUGUGCAGAGAUUCGGGUAUGAGAUUCAAAACGUGGACGAGUUUCUCUCCCGCUGCUCGCUGGCCACUCCCGGCAACAUUCCCGUGGUUCUGGCCACAGCCAGCACCCUAUACCAAACGAGACCAGGUGGCUACCAACUGGAGAUCCCUCUGCCCCUGGGCAUGGUGGUAAACGCGGUGUUCAAGAACCAGAACUGGCUGUAUGUGCAAACGCCACACGCGGAGGAGGGCUAUGUGGGCUAUGCCUGCUGCCUGCCCCUGGGGAUUCUGCCGCAGCAGGCGAGAGCGGGCUCCCGGAACACCCCCUGCUGGGAGUCCAAUGCGGAUGUCUUCCCCCGCCCAUGUGGCAACAUGACGGACUCGGAGAAGGAGAUCCGCCUGCGGGGUGGCACCCGAUCCGACGGCGCCCGCACUCCACGCAACUCAAAGCCCACUGAAGAUGUCCUUAAGCUCAGCACCACCACCAUCAACAACAACAACCACCAGAGCAACAAUAAUAACCAAACGAAGUGUGGAAGCACAACCAGCUCCUUGUAUGGAGAGCAGCAGGUGGACAAGCUGUAUCUGAGGGCAGCAUCCAAGCCGCGCCUGGUGGAGAAGGCCUACGCCCAGUUGCGCUCCACUCGCCAGGUGGCUGCAUCUGGUUCAGCUUCGGCCAAGAGUGGCGCUUCUCAGGAUGAGUAUGUGACCCUCCAGCCGAAGCCCGCCAAGAAGCAGCCGAGUGCACAAACCCAUUUGCAUCAGUCGCAGCCAGCGGCGAGGCGGCUCUCCAACGUCUCCUACAUCACCAACGGCCACAAUGGCCAGCAUCUGCAUCCAAAGCUGGUUCCCCUGCCACCCUACGAGCACAAGCCGGCCAAGACCCAAGCGGAGGCGGAAGCCACUCUGAAGGCGCUGCGGCGCCAGCAGGAGGUGGGCCAGCGGCAAACUCUAGUCGCCAUCAACACGGACUACAUCACGGAGAGCAUUGCGGUGCACAAGGGCGAGAUCGUCACGCUGUGCGAGUGCCGCGAGUCCAAGGAUCAGCGCCAGUGGUUCUACGUGCGGACGCGGGACGGACGCGAGGGCUUCAUUCCGGCCGAGGUGGCUGGGCAUGGCUACCUGUAGACUUCCAACACCUGGUAUGGGUCCUUUGGGUCAUAGAAAAGGGAUUAGGAAGCUUAAUGUAAACUAGGAACAUAAUUCGUCAUAUUACCAAUACUAUAUUUGCUAUAUCUAGAAUAUCUUGACCUUUAAGAUUUUCUCAUGAUUACGAGUAUGUGUUAAACCAUUUAACUUUAUCAAAUUAUCGCAAUAUUUCGAAUAAUUGCAGAGUGUUGGAUCAUUCAUGAAAAAUGUAACCGAAUUUGUCCAAAGAGCACCUUCUCCCUUUCAAGCUGCCCAAGAGGACCCAACCUACCCACUUGCCCACCCCAAAAACAAGUCAAGUUCUACAUUUAAAUCAAUUAACUUAAUAUCAAUCUUAAGCACUCAUAGGCCACUCAUUCCAUUCGCGAUCCUUAGUACGCUUCUAGUUGUAAACUGUACUCGUGUCGAUGUCCGUAAUUGAAUACUUGUAUCUGUGUAUGUGUAUUUGCGUGAGUGGGGAUCCUUCGCAGGAUCUUGUAUUUAUCUAGCCUAGCAUUACGAGUAGUCUAUGUAAUAGAAACUUGCUUAAAGGAAAUCAAAGAGGAAAGCGCAGACGGAAACUAUUUAUAUGAUUACUGUACUUGAUGCUUCUACUAUAUAACAUUAACAGACAUUUAAAUAAAUAACUAAAAACCA